AUGGCGUUUCAAGGAUCUAAGGGAAGAGGUAGAGGCGGAAUCAGAAGAGGCAAUUCUCGAGGGGGAGGGACUUCAUCUCGCGGACGUGGAGGCGCGUCGAGAGGUAGUGGUGGAUUUAGAGGGAGGGGAGGAAAAAGACCAAUCUUUGACAGCGCAAGAUUGGCUCAGCAGAAAGAGGAAGAGAAUGAUAAGGUAUCGCCCUCUGAUAGCGAAUCAGCAAGCGAAGAACCUGCAAGUGAAGAAGAAUCAUCCUCGGAAGAUGAUGAUGAGACUUUGCCAACAGCGCGCCCGUACUCUGUAUUAUUACAGAGUCUAACAGCGAAUAUUCAGCCACACGCCAAAAGAAGAAAGCUGGACCACCCUCAGGAACCAAAGAUAGACACUGACAAUGCAGCACAGCCGAAAAUUGAUCAAGAACUUGAGGGCGAAUCAGAUUUAGAUGAGGAGAAAGAAGAUCUUGACACAGCUAUUGAUGAUGUUUUGGAAGAAGGGGAUAGCGACGAAGAAGACCGCGAUGAUCCUUUCGACGCCCAUUUCGCAGACCCAGAGGAAAACAUAUUGAAAGCAAGGAUGCAGUCGUUACAGAAUGGGAGCUGGACACAAGAAAGGCUUAGCACAGCAGCGGGGAAAAUGAUAGUUUCAAUCCCCAAUUCUUCUGGUCCCGUACUUCCCUCGGAAGUAUCUACAGUCUCUGGGCCUGGGGAGCUUAAAUUGAAGCAAAAGUUGGCCAAGGUUAUUUCAAAACAGCGGCCGAAAUUUGACGACUUGGAAAAGCACCUGGCAGCGUGUAUGUUCAGUUACAAAGACCUCACGUUUUGUGAGAGGUCUCCCUCGAAUGCAGAGAGGUUACGUAGGAUGGCUUGUUUGCAUGCUGUGAACCAUAUUUUUAAGACUCGCGACCAUGUCAUCAAAAAUAAUUCAAAGUUGACAAAAGAGGGCAGUGAAAAUCUUGACUUACGAGAUCAGGGGUUCACAAGGCCUAAAGUAUUGAUGAUACUACCAACGCGGGAGUCAUGUUGCCGGAUGGUCAAUAUGAUCACUUUACUGUGCGAGCCCGAUCAGCAAGAAAACCGGAAGCGAUUUGAGGACUCUUACUCUGAAAAGGCGGAAGCUUUCUCUGAUGACAAGCCCGCCGAUUUCCGAGAGCUCUUUGCUGGAAAUGAUGAUGAUAUGUUCCGGCUUGGCCUCAAAUUUACGCGAAAGACUAUUAAGUACUUUUCGCAGUUUUAUAAUUCCGACAUCAUAUUCGCCAGUCCUUUGGGUAUGCGUAUGGCACUCGAAGGGAAAGAUGACAAAAAGGGCGACUAUGACUUCCUAAGCUCAAUCGAAAUUGUCAUAGUAGACCAAGCUGAUGCUUUACUCAUGCAGAAUUGGGAGCAUGUGGAGUAUAUUUUUGAGCAUCUCAACUUGCAACCCAAAGAAGCCCAUGGCUGUGAUUUUAGCCGGGUGCGAAGUUGGUAUUUGGAUAAUCAAGCUCAGUAUUUCAGACAAGUCAUUGCACUGGCAGCUUUCAAUACGCCAGAGCUAAAUACUAUGUUUCAAAGUCAAUCCAAAAAUUGGGCCGGCAAGGUCAAACUUGGUCACAGCUAUUCAGGCGCCAUUCAAGAUCUAGGCUUGAAAGUCAAACAGACAUUUUCACGAUUGGAAUCGGAUAAUUUUGCUGCGGAUCCAGAUUCUCGCUUUGAAUAUUUUAAGUCAGCUAUCAUUCCAACUCUGGUCCGUCGGUCGAAAGACACUGCUGGGACCAUUAUAUUCUUACCUUCGUACCUAGACUUUGUCAGGGUAAGAAACCAUUUCUCUACGUCCCCGGAUUGUAGCACCUUAUCGUUUGGAAGUAUAUCAGAGUAUACUUCUGUUCGAGAUGUCGCCAGAGCAAGAUCACAUUUUUUCAGUGGAAGACACAGCGUUCUGUUGUACACUGAGCGGGCACAUCAUUUUCGACGAUACCAACUACGCGGAGUCAAAAGGGUGAUCAUGUAUGGUUUGCCCAAUAAUCCCAUUUUUUUUAAAGAGAUGGCUGCUGGGUAUCUAGGUAGGAGUGUCCAAGAAGGAAAGCUAGUUGCUGGUGAGGGUGGUGUUCGAGCUAUAUUCUCAAAAUGGGAUGUUCUUAAGUUGGAAAGAAUCGUAGGCACUGAAAGAGUUCCUAGGAUGAUCAAUGAGAAGGGCGACACCUUUGACUUCUUGUAG